CGCUUGUGGGAUAAAUGUACAGCUUAGCGGACUUAAUAAGUUUUAUCGAGUGAUAUUGUCGAGUUCUAACGGGUGGUAUUGCCGAUACGUCGAAAUGUAGCGCGCCUCAAAUUUAACACAGGCUUAUUUUUGUCAUACCUGUUUGAUUGCCCGUGCACUAAUAGUUGAAAAUAGGCUUUUCAAAAACGCCUUACUAAAAUUUUUAUAUUUGACGAAAUCAUAAUAUCAGUCUUUAUUUCGAUUUGUCCGUAGGUCGUGCAAAGUGCAUACGGAGGCCGUGCCCAAAUAAUCUUCCGGUUAAUAAAAAUUCAUCUGAAGACUAUAUAUAUCUCUGAUAAACGUGUACAUUCUGCGUGUGCUAAUAAUAAGGCAAUGGAGAGUGUUCCACAAUUCGCCUUAUGGCCAACGUGUAAUUCUUCAAUGGAUCCAAUAGUCACUCUUAGCCGUAAAAUUACGGCUGAGAGAUCAGACGCAGAGACACCAUUCUACAUAAUUGAUUUCGAUGAUCUCAGAUAUAAAAUUAAACUGUGGAACGAAGUGCUGCCGAGAGUACGACCGCAUUACGCGGUGAAAUGUAAUGCGAAUGUGGCAAUUCUAAGUAUCUUCCAGCAACAUGGGCUUGGAUUUGAUUGUGCUACUCGUAAUGAGAUCAACUUAGUUCUUUCGAUGGGAAUUUCUCCUAACCGUAUCGUCUAUGCGCACACAGUGAAGUCACCUUCGUAUCUUCAAUACGCCAAGAAUAAUGGAGUAGCUAGGAUGACCUUCGACAACUCUGCUGAACUAGAUAAGAUUAAACAAUUCUACUCUGAGGCAGAGCUGAUUCUUCGACUAAAAGUUAUAAAUACGGACCGCUACAAAAUGUCGGAAAAGUUCGGAUGUCUACCCGAAGAAGCAGAAAAGCUUCUAAAAAAAGCUCGAGCUUUAUCGUUAAAAGUUAUUGGGUUCAGUUUUCACGUCGGGUGUCAGAAUCAAGGUUCCGACGUAUAUAGAAACGCGCUUCGUCUGUGCAAACAAGCGGAACAAGAAGCCAUCCAGCUUGGAUACUCCCCGAAACUGAUUGACAUUGGAGGCGGCUUCGAAGGGUUUCGAGGGCAAGAAGUCAAUUUUCGCAAGAUAGCAGAAAGCAUCCGUAAAGAAAGUGAUUUACUAUUCCCUUCGGAUGCAGGCUACCAGCUAAUCUCAGAGCCCGGUACCUUCUUUGUUGGUUCAGCACUUACUCUCAUUUGUCGAGUGGUUGGCAAAAGGAACUACAAGGAAAUCAACCACAUUUACGUCAGCGACUCCGUUUAUAUGUCAUUUCUACCGGCCCUGUAUGGAGACUAUUAUCUUCGAAUUCAACCAAUGCAGUCGUCAACAGUUUAUAGUGAAGAUUCAUGUGGAGAAGGUCUUGUACCCACACGUAUCUACGGGACCACAUGUGAUGGCGUAGACAUCAUUGUCAAACAGUGGAAUCUACCAGCUCUUGAAAUAGGCGAGUGGUUACUUUUCUACAACCAGGGCGCUUACACCGAAGCUAUCGAGACCGGAUUUAACAUGCUCGAGAGGCCGACCAGGUUUUACCGCUCUAGUAGUCCAACAGAUUUAGAAGCUGCAAGGGAGGCUCUCACAAAUCACAUGAAGAGGGAAGUUGAAAGCCGAUCUCUUGGCGGUAAAUAUAUAUAGAUACUAAAUAAGAGAUGAAAUACUACAUCUAAUAUAGACUGAAAACGUGCCGUA